UGCGCCUCCUGUUUGUGUCGCCUCUUGGCACCCGGUGCAGGGGGAGCGCGGAGCUGAUAAAGCGCGUCUGCCCGGAGGGGUGGAGAGGAGGGCAGAGGCAGACAGAGGGCAGGACUGGCAGGGUGCGGUCUGUUACAGUCGCAUCUGAUCUCGGGUCACUUCCAUUUCCAUCCCAACUGAGACCCGUGCGCCACAGCGCAGCAUUCAAAAAGCCGAGCCGGGCGCCAGUAACCGCUGCGGGGACACACACUCUGACCGCGACUCUGCGCAGCCAGGAUCCGCCUGCAGACGACUCUCAACGUGCUUGCCAAGAUAAACGGAACUUCUCUAUUUAUUCCCCCUGUCUCCGCGUGGACUGAGAGAAAGCGACUUUAACAGACCUGAGAGGACGAGCACCAAGCAAAAACGCAUGCGUCUCCAAAUCCCGGGGUGCGCAAAAGGAUGGUGAGCGCUAGGUGCCCCGCAACAUCACCGUCCUAAAAGACUGGUCCUCCUCCCCCUCCAGUGAUCUUGCGUGUGGACACAAGCUGAGAUUAUAGGGGGAGGAGGUCAUCAUCUUUACCAUCUUUGACACUCCAGAUUCUUGGAGUGCCCGCUGGCACUGGUUGGUAUGAGACUCUCCAUAGCAGUGGCGCUGCUCACCGGGUGUAUCUUGUCUUUCUCGCCGGUGUAUGACAGCUGUGGACCAGGCAGAGGUUAUGGGAAGAGACGGACUCCUAGGAAGCUCACGCCCCUCGCCUAUAAGCAGUUUAGCCCAAACGUUGCGGAAAAGACGCUCGGGGCAAGCGGGAGAUAUGAAGGGAAGAUAACGCGGAACUCCGAGCGCUUUAAAGAACUAAAACCCAACUACAAUCCGGACAUCAUCUUCAAGGAUGAGGAGAACACAGGUGCGGACCGCAUGAUGACGCAGCGUUGUAUGGACAAGCUCAACUCACUGGCCAUCUCGGUCAUGAACGUGUGGCCGGGUGUACGCCUACGUGUCACGGAGGGAUGGGAUGAGGACGGGCAUCACUCUGAAGAGUCUCUGCAUUACGAGGGAAGAGCGGUUGACAUCACUACCUCGGACCGUGACCGGAGCAAGUACGCCAUGCUGGCCCGUCUGGCCGUGGAGGCCGGGUUCGACUGGGUCUACUACGAAUCCAAAGGCCACAUUCACUGCAGCGUCAAAUCAGAUCACUCCGUAGCAGUAAAAACAGGGGGUUGUUUUCCUGGCGGGGCAUUGGUGGCAAUGGAGGAUGGGACCCAGAGGCCAAUCCGUGAGCUCCGAGCAGGUGACCGUGUCCUGGCCUCCACAGAAAGUGACGGGACCGGUGACCUCACCUACAGCGACGUCCUCACCUUCCUGGACCGCAGCCCCGUUACCCAGAAGCCUUUUUUUGUGAUCAGCACUGAGGACGGUGUCAGUGUCUCUUUAACGGCCGCUCAUCUACUGUUUGUGUGGCUUGGGAACUGCUCCGGAGAGCAUCAGCCAAUGAAAGGAGACCUCCGGACAGCCUACGCCAGUGACGUGCAACCAGGGCAGUGCUUGCUGACCGUGGACGAGCAAAAUGUUGGAGAACUAAGAAAGCGCAUUUCACGUGUCACUCGAGUGGAGUUGGGCGAGGACCAGGGUGCUUACGCCCCGCUCACGGCCCAUGGCACUUUGGUGGUGAACGGGGUCAUGACCUCGUGUUACGCAGUGGUGAACAGACAACAGCUGGCUCACUGGGCGUUUGCUCCUCUCCGUCUGCUGUACAAAUGGACCGGACCUGAUCAUAUCAAUAAGAUGGGCUUACACUGGUACUCUCGAGUACUGCUGAGAGUGGGAUCACUUGUGCUAGACCCAGAACUGUUUCACUCGUGGGGUUUAGAGGAUCAUGAAAGAUGAUGGAUCGAAACACAAAAGGCCAAAAAUGUAAAUGUUGGAAGCUCAGGGUUUAUGACUAGCCUACGUUAGAAAAAGUGAUUACCAUAAGCAAAGACUUUUUUUUAACAAUGCAAAAGGUGAAAUGUGUCAUUUCUGCGGCACCAAAUGGUUUGGCAAUGAAUAUGUUCCCAAACAUUUCCUGUCUUCUGUUGGUUGGAAAAAAGAUGCAUGCCAUUGGUUGAGCCAAUGUUGCCGUGAAGGACUAGUUGGGAUGCAUCUCAAAUAAACAGCGCACACAGAGGAAACACGGCUACAAUUAAGUUAUUUAUAGAUGUCUCUACAAGUUAAGCUACGAUAAGAGAUAAAACAAAAUUACAAUUUUAACUGGAAAAGAUUACAUAGUGACCUCUGGUCUUGCUUCUUUCGGGAAUUGUAAGAGACCAAUUAUUGUUUUGUGUCUUAUGUAUGUUUGUGUCCCUAUUCUCGUAAUCCAAUGUCUUUCCUUAUUCGAUUCU